ACACUCGACGAUGUAAUACAGGACGCCGAGAGCGACAAAGAGACAGUACGAGAGAAGGCAAUCAAGUCUCUCAGGGAGACCUUCGCCCAUCCCUCGGCAUUCGCUCGUUUCAACAAGCGUGGCGAACGCAAGGGCUGGCUGGUCGUAUAUCAAGCCGUUUUCACAGCAUACCAGGCGCAGCUGAAGAAAUGUAUCAGCAAGUUGGGUUCUGUGUCUGCCUUCGAAGGCGCUGGUCCGAGCGACCGCUCCCUUGCCCGGCUGAUCGAAAUAGCCAGCACAUUGCGAUAUCUAGUCAGCAACAGCAAACAGUAUCUGACCAACAGGGUACUCAAGCCUCUGCUCAAGCAUCUCUGUCAGGGCGUCGUUAAGGAGGGAAAACUCGUUAACGCCAUUGCUUCCGACUACGCGCACACGAUAGAGUCUGUUCUCUUGUGGAAGCCUCAUCUCCAGGCGGUUCCCGAUGACACAUGGCACGACAUCCUGGCUCUCAGCUUCAACAUCGUCUUGAACCGAGCACCGCGACGUAUGCUGGAAGACCACCUCGACGUGGAAGAUCCUGAAGGAGGAUGCGAGUACAACGAGGCCGAGGCGGCUUCUUCCCUCAAGCGUCCAAGGCGCGAUGGCGUGUCGACUGGCGGCAACGCUCGUCCGGGCCCGUCCAUCGGGCAGGGUGCCGUCCGGCAACCAAUCUCCAUACAAGCUCCCUUCAUGAGAAUCAUUACCCUCCUUCUCCGCUCGCCGACCGGCCCCAUUCUAUUAUAUCCUGAAGACGUCAACAAAGAGGAUCCUCGUUCAUUCCCACGCAGAUUGCUCACAUACUUCUCUCAUUUCCUCCAGGUGCACGCCAUAGAUUCCUCCUUGCGGCACGAUUAUCUUUCUGGCCUCUCCGCGGCUCUCAGUCACUAUACUCUCAACUGUCGCCUGCCGGUUGCCGUGUUUUCUGCAGACGCUUGGCACCCUCUGGUGGCCAUGUGGAGCGCAAAAGACGGGGAGAAAUCGGAUGACCUGGUAAUCAUUUUGCGGAUGCUCUUCCCGGCCCUAGCUGCGGAACCUCUGGGAGAUGAGCCGAAAGACCGUCGGAUAGACGCCUUUGACGCGCUCUGGUUGGCCGCCGAAGGAAUAGCGAACAGGACUUCGUCGAACCUUGGGCUUGGCUCAUUGCAGUCGCACGUUACUGAAGGUCGCGAUGACUCGAUCACGAGGAAGCCGUUCACCUCUAGGACCUUUCAAUAUGGUUGGGGUCUCAGCAGGACGCGCGCUUUGACUUGGGCUGCCCUAGAACUUCAAGCCGAUUGCGCUGAGAAGAUAUAUCGCCAUUCUGAGUCGAGCUACUCGACUCCUACCGCUAGGCGAAAAAAGCAGAAGUUGGAGAACCCUAUCGUCUCAUUGCUGUAUACGAUACAGUCGCCCACUCCGCGCGGCGCGAAGAUCCACCAUCUUCAGGUUCUUCUCUUCUUCGCCGAAAGGCAUUGGCUUGUCCUUCACGAGCAGCUACGACGCGAUUUCGUCAUCUCUCUGACAUCGCUCGUGUCUUUCGAGGAUGCUGAGAUCCAAUCGUGGACGUUCAUGUGUCUAGCCGCCAUUGCUCAUGCGGGCUGCGGAGCUCCCCUACCCUCCAGUGUUGACCCACAUUCGACCUCGGAUCUGCCUGCGCUGUGGGACCCAGUGUGGACGCACGCCAUGCGCCGCGCCAAUGUGCCCGCUGUUUCUCGCGCAGCCUGUCAUACGGCCCACGUACUUCUCCUCCACUCGAAGCGCCUCCUUUCUGCACAGCGGGUCCUAGGGGAGAUCGAAGCGUUCGUCAAGGACCUGGAUGUGCAGGGUCCGGCGUAUCCCUACGAUUCUGUCUGCAACUUCAUGGUGCUUUGCCUCCGCUUCGCCAAUCAAGACGUCCGCUUGUACCGUAUGCAGAUGGAGGAAAAGGUCCUCUCCUGGCUCACGGAAGCGUGGAGGAUUGACGUGGGGCGGAGGACCGCGAUGCCGACGCACACGGUCGCGCACAUACACGCGCUACUCGAGGCGAUCACUGGCAGCUCGCGGAGAGCGAGGCUUCGCUGCGAGAUCAUGCUCCCGCCUUCCCCAAUCGUGGAUGCAAUGGCUGAGGAGAUACAGACGAGGGUCAUCCGCGACUUCCAACUACACGCCCGCCUUCCUCCCUAUGAACCUCCGCGCCCUUCCACCGCCCACGCGCCUGCUUCGCCGGCCAACUCUCCCGACGGAGUGGCGGACAGGCCCCUAGUGGAAGAUGUGGAUACCGCAGACCUCUCUCCAGCAAGGGGCCGGGAGCGUCGUCUUUCCGCCUUCUUGUUGAAGUCUCUGGAGGCGCUGAAUGAGGCGCUAACGGCCAAGGAGGGGUCCUUCAGCAAACCCACUGUGGAGACCCUUCGCUCUUCGCUAGAUCUCGCCGUCUCUGCUCUUUUCUUCGAGGCGUCGCUUCUUCUGAACGGCAUCCAGUCGAACCGACGUGUCAUACAGGCCGCAUGCAAGCUGAUCGGUACCAUCGCCCCUGCUCUCACUGACCAACGUUGGGAAGCACAUGAACGGCGUUUGCUGCUGGGUGCUUUCGAUCCUGUGGUCCUAACUGACGACGAUAGCAACGGUGACCUGGGAAAUAGCGGCUGGGAAGCCUUAGUGCCUCCUGGGGAAAGAACGGGCAUUCGGACAGAGGUACUACGGCGAUUACGUUCGUCGACGGGUGCAAAUUACACGGACGGAGCGCUGCGUCACGCUUUGCAGAAGGCUGUCUUCCGUAGCGCCGAUGUACAGGAUGCGUUCGCCGACUUGUUGAAACGUCUGCGAGACGUGCUCCGCAUGACUAUCGAACAGUCGACAUCCGGGAAAUCGCACAAGAAUGCUGGCUUUCACGACGACUUUGCCUCUGCAUUGGACACCUCGGUAUCGGCAGAAGCGGCUCAGAAGCUGUCUGCCGUCGCGACACAUGACAGUCAUAUCGUACGGACGUGCAUCAGUGCCCUCACUGUCGUCCCUAUCCUGCAGUCGUCCUCUGGGGAGCCAACGCACGACAAAGAACUAUUGGAGCUCAUCUCGAACUGCACAUCCUCCCAGUUCCUCGUCGUCGCGCCCCCUUUCCUCGAUCAGGUCGAACAUCGGAAGCUUCAUCUCAGUCGAUCGAACCUUAAGGAGGUUCUAUCGCAGGUGGACGAUCUCUGCUCCACCUACGAGUACAAGAGCAACAUCUCGGCGAAGCUUCUUGUCGUCCGCACCAUCGAGGCGACUUCUCACCUUUGGCACGGACCUAUGGCGGAUGAACUAGAAAUCGGCGGGAAAGCUCGGUUCUACUGCAUCCAAUGUGUAAGACUGUUGAAUGCGUCAAGCCAGCAGUCGUGGCGCGUACGGGACGCUAUCAUCCGAUUCUUCGAUCGGUAUCUGGCCCUGGACCCAAGGCAGGAGAGCUGGGCGAUCCCUCACGCGGACGGCGAGACGGCAGAACCUGAAGACUUCCCUGCAGCUCUCUUGCCUACCUUCGGAACGGAUAACGACAUCCGGAUCCGCUUUCGUGUCGCUGCAACUAGCCCUCGGCUCUUCACUGUCGGUCGCCUCGCCGGUCGCGACUUGAUGGAUGUCUACGCCGAAAUUCACACUCAACUCUCGUCGGAGACAGAGCUUUUCGAACACAUCCUCACUCGGUUCCUGUCCCUCGGGAACGUAGUCAUAUCUGAGGCGUCGGUCAGGAGAGGAGCCUUUUGGCACUUACUUGAGAUUUCCUUCUUCCAACAACGCUUCAAUCCCUACCUCAAAGCGACCCUCAUGGGUGUUACGGCCCGGCUAGGAAUGGAGCGAUUCGCCGACCUCUUCAAUUGCUACUCUUCGCAAUUCGCCUACUCCAUGCGCGUGGCCAGCAUCGACAUCUACCGUUUCCCCCCGGACCUGCUCGGAUAUCGCGAUCGGCGGGAGUGCGCGGAGGUCACUGUCCGCGCAUUUACUCCUACCAAUCUUUUGGCCGACGGGACGGCAGAGGAAGCGGAAACCGGGAAGGAGCUCUUUGUACGCCACUGCCAGGCCAUCCAGAAGGGCGAGGACGACGUCAUCAGGGAGUGUUUCCCCGAACUCAUCGCCCAUCAGAUCGUUUUCUGGCUGGACCGCUACGGAGAUGCUGACGAUCAGGGCCUCAUGGAAAGAGAGCUGGAAGGCGUACUGAUCGCGAAGACCAGGCUUGUCAAGCAUAAGGAGCUCUUCAAGCAACUUCUGCAACAGAACGUGGACCGCAUCGCCGUCUCUAUCCUGAAGACCCUCGAAGACCACGACGUCUCUGGGAAUGGACCUAUCGUGGCUGCCCUUCAGCUGAACGGCGCCGACGCCGCUGUGGAGACUUUCCUCUCGAUCACCAAAUACCGCGCUCUCGACACAUUCGAUGCCCACAAGCCCAAUCUCCCCUGCUACGGCACGUAUAGCGUCCUCCGCGCUCUCUCCUGGUAUUGCAAUCGAGUCAAGGACGGCAGUUCGUCCGCCGUCACAUACCAUGUCCUGCACCAUCUCUUCGCAGACAUCGAGCGGUCCCCUCUGGUCAACGAGCAAUACCGGAUGCUCAACGCCAUAUGCCUCUGGAUAUCUUGCCAUCACGUCCACUUCCAGGAUACCAGCCUCCUGCGUGUGUUGAUGCGGCGCACUACUGUUUUGUUCGCUCAAUCCGACUUGGCCCAUAGCGCUCAGUCUUUGCUCGAAUGGUCUCUGUCGCUGUAUAAGACCCACGUUGCGAAGCCGGACCAUCGCUUAGCCGACGUCCUCAUCCGGACUAGCACGCUCGCACAUGGAUUUCUCGAGACGACUGGGACACCCUACCUGGUGGAGCUGGGUACCCAGCUCAUGGCUUGGGCGGAGACUCAGGCGGAUUUCCUCCGAAAGAGUAAACCCUUGAGGAAGCUAGUCAUCCGGGCGCUCGCUGCGUGGCCUCGAGAGCUUCCCCCCUCCUUGCGUUCGGCUUGUGACAAUCUCCAUCUACCCGAUCUACUCUCCGCGCUCAAAGAGGACGGUGUCUCCUCCAGCCGGUUCCGACUCGUCAGGAAGAUCUACGAUGUUGCAUCUCGCGAGAACGAUGAAGAGAGAGGGCGCCACUUCGGGGGCUCGGACUUUUGGAGGCUGAAGGCGUGUAUACCGCCACAAGAGUACCUCGUCGACAGCGACAUCGACGCGUUCACCUCACUCCUCGUGCUGCACCAUGGUCGUAUCGAUAGCCUCGGUAGCGAACAGUUCGCGCCGGAAACCGCAUGCAGUCGUCACCGCAAAGCCACAGAAGCCAAGCCUGUCCCUAGCCACCUAAAGGGUUUCGCUCCGCGUGCGGAUGUUGAUUUAGCACGGUCUGCUAUCAUCCUGUCGUUGCUGGCGAUGUUGGACACGUCCCCUGCACCGCAAGUGCAUGUCGUCUACACGACGUUGCGAGCUGUGAUGUCUGUCCCCUCUUCGGAAACCUUCGUUGACGCCACUCUCCCUUCCGAGACCCGUCGGGAGCUUGACUAUAUGCGAGCAUUCCGCGAACCCCAGCUGGAACAUGCCGCGCCGGAUCUGCCUUCAAUCUUCGCUAGCGAGGAAACGAUGCAUCUAACCUCAGAUUUUCCGGGAUGGAUCACCUGCGUCGCAACGCUUCUCUGCGACACACUGGGAAGCCGCGACGUUUUCUUCUCUCCACUGUCCACCCUCUUGCGCACAGAUCAUGCCUUUGCCGAAGACGUCCUCCCCGUACUCUGUCACACCCUGCUGCAGAUCGAAUUCGAUGACCAUACACACUCAUCCCCUACAUCGCUCAAAUCACUUCUCUCCGAUUACUUCUCUUCCGUCCUUGCGUACCCCGACGCCGAUGUGUCUUGCCACCGGGCUAUCAUCAGCGUUGUUCUGCAUCUCCGCUCUUUUCAUCCAUCGCAUCCACCACUACCUCCAGAUAAAGACUUGCACUCCCACACUUCCAAAUCCCUCAUUGCUCGCGCCCACGAUGCUCUCGCCCACGACAAAUGGCUUUCCAUAGACUUUGCACUCCUCGGGAGCUGCGCCAUCAAGUGUGGCGCCUACACCACUGCUCUCCUAUUUCUCGAACUUGCUAGAGAAUAUCCUUGCUUGAAGGCCAAGUCGCAGAACAUCUCCACGGAGAACAUCCUUUUCGAUAUCUACAGCCAUAUCGACGAACCUGACGGUUUCUACGGCAUCCAGACGGACGAUCUGCAAAAUUUUCUCGUCAAACGUCUUCGUCACGAGAACCAGUGGGACAAGGCCUUCCGCUACCAUGGCGCGGUCCUCGAGUCGGGAGCAGCAGGAGCCGCUGACACUGACGGCAUCAUCCAAGCCCUGUACUCGUUUGGUUUCAAUCACCUGGCUAUGAGUACCCUCCAGCAGUUCUCGGAUUCGGACAAUUCGCUGGGCACCGGCACUCUGGCCUACAACUUGGGGUGGCGUGCCGAGACUUGGGACCUACCAGACACCCUAGCGUCUGAUGAUUCCGGAGCGACUCUCUACUUGGCGAUGCGAGCGGUCUACAGGGAGAGGGACGGACACGUUGUGGACAGCGUCACUCGACGAGCUUUCAUGCUUGAGAUGCAACGUCUUCGCGAUCUGGGCGGCGAGAACUUCACCGAGAUCCGUCGAGUAGCGCAGAACCUCAUGUGUUUGGAGCAGAUUCGACUGUGGAGAAGUAGCGAUGCCCAGAUGGAUCUACAGGGUGGCACCGUCGAUGGGGACAGAUGGCGAUCCUUCACCUCUCUGGAGCCAGAAUUCGACUUUGGGAAUAUCGAAGCAAUCAUGACGACCCGAAUUUCGCUCAUCCGUUCGCUCAGGCAGAAAGAGCAACGGGAGCAGAUCGGCGACCUCCUUUCCCCAUUUUGCGCUGCCUUACUGGACCUAGAGAAGGCUUGUCUUCUGUGUCUGUCUGAAAGAGCUCGGGAUGCCAACGAAGCGCAAGUCUCCCUCAACUCCAUCACACGAGCCCAGGCUCUCGAGAAGCACCCUUCUUCAAGCGUUGCUCGCGAAUUCUCCAACGUCCUUUGGCUCAUGAAGGAACCGAAGCUAGCGAUCAAGUCCCUCGGCGCACUCGUCACUCCUCGUAGUGAAGGCAUGCUGCUCGAUGACGUCCCUUCCAGACUGCACAAGGCCAGCCUAAUGGCACAGCUGGGAACUUGGUCCGCGGAAGCGUCAAUGAAGAAACCGUCUCAAAUUGUCACCGAAUGCUUCACGCCCGCAGCAGACAUCAUCUUAGCGGCUGAUAUACAAUCUACUGUGGACAAAGACGGCUCUGUGGCCUCAAUCUUCCACCAAUAUGCGAUCUUCGCCGAGCGACAAUACCACGCUAUCUCCAAGUCGCCAGACGCUCUCCGCUGGAAGCUCUACAUCGAUCGCAAGAAAGAGGAAAUGAAGCGUCGGGCCAUUGAGCUCAGGCGGGCGCAGCACAACGGCAACGCCGACUUCGGCUCUCUGUCUCGGCAGCAACAGCAGGCCGAAAAGCUGCUGAGGCAAGACCAGGAACGUGCCCAAGAGCAACUCGGGCAGCGCACGUCCUUCCUGUCGUUGGCGGUCGAGAUGUACUCCCGCUGUCUAUCAGCUUCCGACAACUUUGACGAUGACUCGCCCAUCCGUCUGUGUUCGCUCUGGCUGGCCAACUUCGAUAGCGAUGAUGCGAAGUUACGGUUCGAGGAGGCACUGGCCCGCGUCCCCUCUCGAAAGUUCGUCUUCCUCGCCCAUCAGCUGACGGCUCGCCUGUGGAACCCCGAACAGGGUGUGCCUUCCCCCAACCAGUCUAUCCUGCAGGGCAUCAUACAGCGUAUGUGCCGCGAACAUCCCUUCCAUACACUUUUCCCACUGUACUGCCUGAAGGUCGACCGCGCUGCACCGCAGGCAUCCUCUUCCAGACGGCAAUCAGGGCGACAGACAUCGCAGCCGUCCUCCCAGAUGGAGCGCGGUGUGGCCGCCACGGACCUCUUCGACAAGCUACGGACGGAUCCUCUGUCUUCUGAGCGCGUUCGCAAUGUCGAGCUUGUUUGUGACGCGUCGUUGGAAUGGGCGAAGUAUCCAAUCAAGGGCAAAAAGAAGGAUAACAAGAUCCCCGACAACCUACUCAUACGACGGAUCAGUAACAUCAAGGUCCCAGUGAUCACUGCACAUACACCCAUCGAUCCAACGACUCGAUAUGAGGACUGCGCUUGGAUAGACCAGUUCGACUCCCAAUACACUACCGCAGGAGGAGUCAACCUACCCAAGAUCAUCAACUGUCGCGGCUUCGACGGGAGAUACUACAAGCAGCUCUACAAAGGUGAAGGCAACGAUGAUCUGCGGCAGGAUGCGGUCAUGGAGCAAGUGUUUGAUCUGGUCAAUGUCGUUCUCCGUCGCGACCGGGAGACGAAACAGCGUAAUCUCAGCGUCCGCGGCUACAAGGUCAUCCCACUCGAUCCCCAGGCCGGUGUCCUGGAGUUUGUCGAGAACACGAUGCCGUUGGCGACCUGGCUAUUGCCCGCACAUAUCAGAUACCGACCAGAGGACUACCUCGAAAGUGAGCUGCGCAACACCAUAACGGGCCCACCGCCGAAGACGGAUUGGCACGACAAGCCGGAGGUGGUUAUCCAGCGGUUUCUGCAAACCCAGGAGAAGUGUAAGCCGGUCAUGCGGCACUACUUCACGGAGAAGCACAAGACGCCCAUGUCGUGGUACACAAUGCGCCUACACUACGCGCGCAGCGUCGCGACGAACUCCAUCGUGGGUCACGUCCUGGGCGUCGGCGACAGGCACACGUCGAACAUCCUCAUCGACAACAAGACGGGCGAAGUCGUGCACAUCGAUCUCGGCAUCGCGUUCGAACAGGGGAAGUUGCUUCCGCAACCCGAACGCGUUCCCUUCCGGCUGACCGCAGACAUGGUCGAUGGACUGGGCAUCUCCGGCACCCAGGGCGUCUUCCAGCGGUGCGCCGAAGAGACCCUGCGGGUGCUGCGCGACGGCUCCGAGAUCAUCCUGACCGUGCUCGAGGUCUUCAAGUACGACCCGCUGCACUCCUGGACGGCGAGCGAGCUCAAGAUCAAGCGCGCGCAGGCUAGCGUGCCCGACGAGACCGCGCAGCUCACCGGGGAGGCAUUCCGGUUCGCCAUCGGGAUCGACAUGGCGAGCGGCGCGGCGGACGAGGCCGCGGACCGCGCGCUCUCGGCCGUCGCGCGCAAGCUGGACAAGACGCUCAGCGUCGAGUACACCGUGAACGAGCUCAUCACGGAGGCAAGCGAUCCGUCCAACCUCGCGCUGAUGUACAUCGGCUGGGCCCCGUAUUGGUAGUUCCUCGGACUUCGCACAUUCACUCAUCAUUGCCACCAUCCACCAUCACAUCUGUACCAUUAUGCCCGCUGGGGCCUGUAUGAGUAUUGAACGUUGAACCAUCAUCUCUGCACAUCAUGCUUCAUGUAUAGUACAUCAGGUUGCGAUCACGAGUCCGUAGCUGAUCAAUAAAGUAUCGUAGAAUCUCGCAUGAUGGAUGCUAUGCUCCGGAACCUUGUAAUUUAGUCUUUGACCGUUUCCAGCGUCUUGCUCCACUCCACCACCUUCGGGUGCGCUUGCACCUUCAAGGGGUCGAAGUGCAAGACUUGCAGUCCAUCCAGAGAUGUUGCACGCGAGAGAGCAACAUAUGCUUGUCCCUUCUCGAAGACUUUUGCGAGGUCGACCUUGACACGCUCCAAGGUCUGCCCCUGGGACUUGUGAAUAGACAUCGCCCACGCCAGGAUCAGCGGUAGCUGCGUCCGGCUGACCUGGAUCUCGCCGCUCGGCAGCUCGACCUUCCAGUUCUCGGGCUGGAUGACGACCUGCCGGCGGAUGCCCCCCGGCUGCAGGAACUCGACGAGCGGGAGGAGCUGGCGCCCGCUCAGGCUCGCCUUGGGGUCCUUUGCAGGCUUCGAGGCCGGUUUCGACGGGGGCUUUCCGCCAAGAAGGCCGUCCUCGUGGUCGAGAGGCGCGGCGGGGUCGACGAAGCGCAGGAUCU